CUCACAAAAGACUCUUAUAUAAUUUGCUAUUAGUGAGUCAUUCUUUAAUUUAUCUUUCACAAUUCGUAGUAUUAUCAUCCUUCAAAAAUUUUGAUUUCUGUUCUUUACAGGGAAGAAGAAAAGAGAAGCAUAUACACAAAGAGGCUCCUUGGCAAAAAGUCAGAUCUAUUAACAAAUACUUCCAUGUGGUUGCAAAUUACAAGGAUUUCAACAUAAUUACCAAAACAUAGCAUUAUCAUAAGAUCGAAUAAUAAUCAAAUUCUUCUAUAAUAUUACACAAAGGUGCUACCACAAGAAUAUGGCCAUGGAAACUGCUAAUGAAAUUAUAAAACAAGUUGUUCCAGUUCUCAUGGUUCCUAUUAACGAUUACCUACGCUACCUCGUUUCCUGCAGAAAGUACAUCAGUGACAUGGAUUUGAAAAUGAAGGAAUUAAAAGAAGCAAAAGACAAUGUUGAAGAGCACAAGAAUCAUAACAUUAGUAAUCGUCUUGAGGUUCCAGCAGCUCAAGUCCAGAGCUGGUUGGAAGAUGUAGAAAAGAUCAAUGCAAAAGUGGAAACUGUUCCUAAAGAUGUCGGCUGUUGCUUCAAUCUAAAGAUUAGGUACAGGGCCGGAAGGGAUGCCUUCAAUAUAAUUGAGGAGAUCGACAGUGUCAUGAGACGACACUCUCUGAUCACUUGGACCGAUCAUCCCAUUCCUUUGGGAAGAGUUGAUUCCGUGAUGGCAUCCACCUCUACGCUUUCAACUGAACACAAUGACUUCCAAUCAAGAGAGGUAAGGUUUAGUGAAGCACUCAAAGCACUUGAGGCCAACCACAUGAUAGCCUUAUGUGGAAUGGGGGGAGUGGGGAAGACCCACAUGAUGCAAAGGCUGAAGAAGGUUGCCAAAGAAAAGAGGAACUUUGGUUAUAUCAUCGAGGCGGUUAUAGGGGAAAUAUCGGACCCCAUUGCUAUUCAGCAAGUUGUAGCAGAUUACCUAUGCAUAGAGCUGAAAGAAAGCGAUAAGAAAACAAGAGCUGAGAAGCUUCGUCAAGGGUUCAAGGCCAAAUCAGAUGGAGGUAACGCUAAGUUCCUCAUAAUAUUGGAUGAUGUCUGGCAGUCCGUUGAUCUAGAAGAUAUUGGUUUAAGCCCUUCUCCCAAUCAAGGUGUCGACUUCAAGGUCUUGUUGACUUCACGAGACGAACAUGUUUGCUCAGUGAUGGGGGUUGAAGCUAAUUCAAUUAUUAACGUGGGACUUCUAAUUGAAGCAGAAGCACAAAGAUUGUUCCAGCAAUUUGUAGAAACUUCUGAGCCCGAGCUCCACAAGAUAGGAGAAGAUAUUGUUAGGAGGUGUUGCGGUCUACCCAUUGCCAUCAAAACCAUGGCGUGUACUCUAAGAAAUAAAAGAAAGGAUGCAUGGAAGGAUGCACUUUCUCGUUUACAACACCAUGACAUUCGUAAUGUUGCGACUGCAGUUUUUAGAACCAGCUAUGAGAAUCUCCAAGACAAGGAGACUAAAUCUGUUUUUUUGAUGUGUGGUUUGUUUCCUGAAGACUUCAAUAUUCCUACCGAGGAGUUGAUGAGGUAUGGAUGGGGCUUAAAGUUAUUUGAUAGAGUUUAUACAAUUAUAGAAGCAAGAAACAGGCUCAACACCUGCAUUGAGCGACUGGUGCAGACAAAUUUACUAAUUGGAAGUGAUAAUGGUGUACACGUCAAGAUGCAUGAUCUGGUCCGUGCUUUUGUUUUGGGUAUGUAUUCUGAAGUCGAGCAAGCUUCAAUUGUCAACCAUGGUAAUAUGCCUGGGUGGCCUGAUGAAAAUGAUAUGAUCGUGCACUCUUGCAAAAGAAUUUCAUUAACAUGCAAGGGUAUGAUUGAGUUUCCAGUAGACCUCAAGUUUCCUAAACUAACGAUUUUGAAACUUAUGCAUGGAGAUAAAUCGCUAAAGUUUCCUCAAGAAUUUUAUGAAGGAAUGGAAAAGCUCCGGGUUAUAUCAUACGAUAAAAUGAAGUACCCAUUGCUUCCUUUGGCACCUCAAUGCUCCACCAACAUUCGGGUGCUUCAUCUCACGGAAUGUUCAUUAAAGAUGUUUGAUUGCUCGUGUAUUGGAAAUCUAUCGAAUCUGGAAGUGCUGAGCUUUGCUAAUUCUCGCAUUGAGUGGUUACCUUCCACGGUCAGAAAUUUAAAAAAGCUAAGGUUACUUGAUUUGAGAUUGUGUUAUGGUCUCCGUAUAGAACAGGGUGUCUUGAAAAGUUUGGUCAAACUUGAAGAAUUUUAUUUUGGAAAUGCAUUUGGGUUUAUAGAUGAUAACUGCAAGGAGAUGGCAGAGCGUUCUUACAACCUUUCUGCAUUAGAAUUUGCGUUCUUUAAUAACAAGGCUGAAGUGAAAAAUAUGUCAUUUGAGAAUCUUGAACGAUUCAAGAUCUCAGUGGGGUGCUCUUUUGAUAGAAAUAUCAAUAUGAGUAGCCACUCAUACGAAAACAUGUUGCAAUUGGUGACCAACAAAGGUGAUGUAUUAGACUCUAAACUUAAUGGGUUAUUUUUGAAAACAGAGGUGCUUUUUUUAAGUGUGCAUGGCAUGAAUGAUCUUGAAGAUGUUGAGGUGAAGUCGACACAUCCUACUCAGUCCUCUUCAUUCUGCAAUUUAAAAGUCCUUAUUAUUUCAAAGUGUGUAGAGUUGAGAUACCUUUUCAAACUCAAUGUUGCAAACACUUUGUCAAGACUUGAGCAACUAGAAAUUUGUGAAUGCCAGAAUAUGGAAGAACUCAUACAUACUGGGAUUGGGGGUUGUGGAGAAGAGACAAUUACUUUCCCCAAGCUAAAGUUUUUAUCUUUGAGUCGACUACCGAAGUUAUCAGGUUUUUGCCGUAAUGUCAACAUAAUUGGGCUACCACAUCUCGUAGACUUGAAACUUAAGGGCAUUCCAAGUUUCACAGUCAUUUUUCCGCAUAACAAGUUGGGAACAUCUAGUUUGUUAAAGGAAGAGGUUGUGAUUCCUAAGUUGGAAACACUUCAAAUUGAUGACAUGGAGAACUUAGAAGAAAUAUGGCCUUGUGAACUUAGUGGAGGUGAGAAAGUUAAGUUGAGAGAGAUUAAAGUGAGUAGCUGUGAUAAGCUUGUGAAUCUAUUUCCGCGCAAUCCCAUGUCUCUGUUGCAUCAUCUUGAAGAGCUUAAAGUCAAGAAUUGCGGUUCCAUUGAAUCGUUAUUCAACAUUGACUUGGAUUGUGUCGGUGCAAUUGGAGAAGAAGACAACAAGAGCCUCUUAAGAAGCAUCAACGUGGAGAAUUUAGGGAAGCUAAGAGAGGUGUGGAGGAUAAAAGGUGCAGAUAACUCUCAUCUCAUCAAUGGUUUUCAAGCUGUUGAAAGCAUAAAGAUUGAAAAAUGUAAGAGGUUUAGAAAUAUAUUCACACCUAUCACCGCCAAUUUUUAUCUGGUGGCACUUUUGGAGAUUCAGAUAGAAGGUUGCGGAGGAAAUCACGAAUCAGAAGAGCAGAUUGAAAUUCUAUCAGAGAAAGAGACAUUACAAGAAGUCACUGAUACUAAUAUUUCUAAUGAUGUUGUAUUAUUCCCAUCCUGUCUCAUGCACUCUUUUCAUAACCUCCAUAAACUUAAAUUGGAGAGAGUUAAAGGAGUGGAGGUGGUGUUUGAGAUAGAGAGUGAGAGUCCAACAAGUAGAGAAUUGGUAACAACUCACAAUAACCAACAACAGCCUAUUAUACUUCCCUACCUCCAGGAAUUGGAUCUAAGUUUUAUGGACAACAUGAGUCAUGUGUGGAAGUGCAGCAACUGGAAUAAAUUCUUCACUCUUCCAAAACAACAAUCAGAAUCCCCAUUCCACAACCUCACAACCAUAAAUAUUAGCAGUUGCAAAAGCAUUAAGUACUUGUUUUCACCUCUCAUGGCAGAACUUCUUUCCAACCUAAAGAAACUCCAUAUAGAAAGAUGUGAUGGUAUUGAAGAAGUUUCAAACAGAGAUGAUGAGGAUGAAGAAAUGACUACAUUUACAUCUACCCACACAACCACCAUCUUGUUCCCUCAUCUUGAUUCUCUCACUCUAAUUUUUCUUAACAAUCUGAAGUGUAUUGGUGGAGGUGGUCCUAAGGAUGAGGGGAGCAAUGAAAUAUCUUUCAAUAAUACCACUGCAACUACUGCUGUUCUUGAUCAAUUUGAGUUGUCUGAAGCAGGUGGUGUUUCUUGGAGCUUAUGCCAAUACGCUAGAGAGAUAGAAAUAGUUGGAUGCUAUGCAUUGUCAAGUGUGAUUCCAUGUUAUGCAGCAGGACAAAUGCAAAAGCUUCAAGUGCUGACAGUAAAGUAUUGUGAUGGUCUGAAGGAGGUAUUUGAAACUCAAUUAGGGACGAGCAGCAACAAAAACAACGAGAAGAGUGGUUGUGAGGAAGGAAUUCCAAGAGUAAAUAACAAUGUUAUUAUGCUUCCCAAUCUAAAGAUAUUAAGAAUUGAAAAUUGUGGGGGUUUGGAACAUAUAUUCACAUUCUCUGCACUUGAAAGCCUGAGACAGCUCCAAGAGUUAACGAUUAAGGGUUGCUACAGAAUGAAAGUGAUUGUGAAGAAGGAAGAAGAUGAAUAUGGAGAGCAGCAAACAACAACAACAACGAAGGGGACAUCUUCUUCUUCUUCUUCUCCUCCUUCUUCUUCUAAGAAGGUUGUGGUCUUUCCUUGUCUAAAGUCCAUUGUAUUGGUCAAUCUACCAGAGCUGGAGGGUUUCUUCUUGGGAAUGAAUGAGUUCCGGUUGCCUUCAUUAGAUAAUGUUUUCAUCACGGAAUGCCCAAAAAUGAUGGUGUUUGCAGCUGGUGGGUCCACAGCUCCCCAACUCAAGUAUAUACACACAGAAUUAGGCAGACAUGCUCUUGAUCAAGAAUCUGGCCUUAACUUUCAUCAGACCUCAUUCCAAAGUUUAUACGGUGACACCUCGGGCCCUGCUACUUCAGAAGGGACAACUUGGUCUUUUCAUAACUUGAUCGAAUUAGAUAUGGAAUUUAAUGAUGAUGUUAAAAAGAUUAUUCCAUCCAGUGAGUUGUUGCAACUGCAAAAGCUGGAAAAGAUUCAUGUAAGGUGGUGUAAAAGGGUAGAGGAGGUAUUUGAAACUGCAUUGGAAGCAGCAGGGAGAAAUGGAAAUAGUGGAAUUGGUUUUGAUGAAUCGUCACAAACAACUACCACUACUCUUGUCAAUCUUCCAAACCUCAGAGAAAUGAAGUUAUGGCAUCUAGAUUGUCUGAGGUAUACAUGGAAGAGCAAUCAGUGGACAGCAUUUGAGUUUCCAAACCUAACAAGAGUUCAUAUAUGGGGAUGUGAUAGGUUAGAACAUGUAUUUACUAGUUCCAUGGUUGGUAGUCUAUUGCAACUCCAAGAGCUACAUAUAUCCAACUGCAGUGAGAUGGAGGAGGUGAUUGUUAAGGAUGCAGAUGUUUCUGUUGAAGAAGACAAAGAGAGAGAAUCUGAUGGCAAGACGAAUAAGGAGAUACUUGUGUUACCUCGUCUAAAGUCCUUGAAAUUACAACUUCUUCAAAGUCUUAAGGGGUUUAGCUUGGGGAAGGAGGAUUUUUCAUUCCCAUUAUUGGAUACUUUGGAAAUCUACGAAUGCCCAGCAAUAACCACCUUCACCAAGGGAAAUUCCGCUACUCCACAGCUAAAAGAAAUUGAAACAAAUUUUGGCUUCUUUUAUGCUGCAGGGGAAAAAGACAUCAACUCUCUUAUAAAGAUCAUACAACAGGAUUUCAAACAAGACUCUGAUUAAUGUGAAGUGAAUAUUAAAGGAUGAAUAUUCAAGGGAAGAAUUGUUCAUCAUAUGAAGGACAUUAAAGAAGAACAUGGAUGCUAUGAAGAUGUUGGGAAAACAUAUGUAUCAAGUAGUAAGCUGCUUAAUGAUCUAAGUUUGUUGGUUGAGGAUGUUGAUUUUAAUAUUUCAAAUUCAUUGGUAUCAUUAUAUGGGCUUAUCAAUAGUGUUAAUGGGAUAAUGAGUGACUUAACCUAAAUUAUGUUGUUGGUAAAUGUUGGACAAGUAUGGAAAAUUAGGAAUGACUUGUGAAAAAUAUAUGGAAAAGUAUUAUGAAACUA